AUGGAGACCAAGGAAUACACGUGUGAAAUUUGUGGUAAAGUUUCGGCAAGCAAAAGGGCUUUCCGUAACCACUGUUUCUCGGAAGGCCAUCACCAAUUUAAAUGUGGAUUUUGUCAGAAGGCGUUUAUCAUUCAACAAGCAAAAGAUGACCAUGAGAGAAUGAAGCAUGCUGCACCCGCCACAGUGCCUACUAGAACCGCGACAGAUUUACGCAAAGCUUCCCGAGGCUGGGAUACCUAUAGUGUUCUGUCUAAGUCUAACCAGGAGGAAACUUACGCCGCUCUAAUCCUUGCUUGCCAUGCACGUAAACUUCUGGAAUUACAGGGCUAUAUACUUCCUAGGUCUAUUAGAGUAGACAUGAAAGAAGUGACCUGCAUAUCUUACGCCAAUUUCCGAGAGACACCUCGACCCUUGCACCAGUCAACCAACACAGUCAAACGGAAAGCAGUCACAUUACAUUGCGAGUGGGUGUUGGUGGACAUAGACCGACCUACAGUCGCCCUAAUAAGUGCUGUCGAUACCCUGACGGGAGAUGUCUUGCUGAACGCCUACGUCAGCCCAGGUGGCAACAAGGUCUCCAACUGGCGCACCGCUAUUACCGGGCUCACUAGAAGCAAGAUGCGUCGGGUGGAGAGGGAUGAACAGGUCCUCAGCGGAUGGAAAGAUGCUCGACAUCGGCUAUUCGAAUGUAUUGAUUCGGAUACGGUCCUUGUCGGCCAUGAGCUCCCAACCAGCCUGGCAGUGCUGGGAAUCUUCCACCAACGCAUCCUUGACACAAGGAUCCUCAUGGCUCAGGUUGCAUUUGGGAAGAAUGUUUCCAAGUUUCCUAUAACAUGGGGGUUAGAACAUAUCUCCUGCACAUUAUUUCAGGAGGAAAUGAGUCCGGUCGAUGGCUAUCGCAACUGUCUAGAGAGGGCUCGGGUCUCUCGAGAAAUUGCUUUAUGUGUCCAAGUCGAGGUUUUGUUGAAAUCGUGGGGUGAAAAUGCUCGGAAUGAAUACAGACAUCAGCAAAACAUUAGGUCUGAGAUGAUUAAGCAGAGUAUAGACGAGCUGUUGGCAGAGUAUAGGCUGCCAAAAAAGGUUAAAAAUGUCAAAGUUGGGGUCUUAAUCGAGGGUUUAGACUCUUAG